AUGGCAGUUGACAUGGAUGUGGAAGAAUUGUUAAUCAUGGGAGAUUCUGACUUGAUUAUUCGGCAAGCUCAAGGUAAAUGGGAAACUCGAGAAAUCAAGCUUAUCUCAUACUGGCAACCUGUGGAAGAUCUUAGCAAACAGUUCAAGUCCAUCGAGUUCAAGUAUAUUCCUCGAUUCCACAAUGAGUUAGCUGAUGCACUAGCUACUUUGGCCUCAAUGCUGCCGUAUCCGGUUGAAAUAGAACCAGAUGUUCAACCAUGGCAUCGUGAUAUUAAAAGAUUUUUGAAAAUAAAGGAAUAUACCGAGCAAGCUAGUGGAGACCAAAGAGAACCAUUAGAAGGCUCACCAGCAACUUCUUCUUGA